GUCCAUUAAGCUGACUAGGCCUGCCCCCUUCUCUUCUCCGGCGAAAGUGAAGCUAUAGGCUUAUAUUUUUGAAUUCGGACACACAGAAAGAUUAUUUUUCCAUAGUUCCUUUUGAUUUUUGUUUUCAAGUUGAUUAUUUUGCAUUCUUAUUGCUUCCUAUAAUAAGAUGGUGAACUAGUCCACCUCUUGAGUGUUAGACAAAAAUAUGAAAGACGAGAUUUUUAUAACCUCUGUCUAAUUCUUCAAGCAGCUAAUUCCACUUUUCUCACUAUUCCAAAUCCAACAUAUCUGAAUUUCAAUUUUUUUUUUUUAUGAGAAAAUUAUGUUUCUUCCAUCAAUCUAUCGCCUUUUCUUGGAAACUAAUCCAACCAAUAAGCCAAUUUCAUUACUCAAGAUUGUACAUUUAUCUACCACUUCAUCAUCAUCAGCUGAAGAAUUCUUGAAUCAUUUAUUCAAAAAUAAAAAUGGGUAUGGUAUGGAGAAAACACUGAAUGUAGUAAGGGCUAAACUAGAUGCUCGAUGUGUUGAUCAAGUAUUAGAGAAAUGUGCGGUUGAUGAUCCCCAAAUAGGUUUCAGAUUCUUCAUUUGGGCUGGUCUUAAUUCUAGCUAUAGACAUAGUAGUUACAUGUUUAGUAGAGCUUAUAAAUUGCUUGAAGUUGAUCGUAAACCACAAAUUAUUCAAGAUGUUAUUGAGGCUUAUAGGGUGCAAAAUUAUGUCCCAAGUGCUAAGAUGUUUAAGGUUAUAUUGAAUUUGUGUAGAGAAGGAAAAGAUGCAAACUUGGGCCUGUGGGUGUUGAGGAAAAUGAAAGAGGUUAAUUGUCGUCCAGACACGACAGUGUAUAAUGUAGUUAUUCGAUUGUUAUGUGAGAAGGGAGAUGUGGAUGAGGCAAUGGGGUUGAUGAGAGAGAUGGAGUUGAUUGAUCUUCAUCCUGAUAUGAUCACUUAUGUCGUGAUAAUUAAGGGGUUGUGUGAGGUGGGUAGGUUGGAAGAAGCUUGUGGAUUAACCAAAGCUAUGAGGGGACAUGGAUGUGUGCCAAAUACGGUUACCUAUUCAGCUCUUCUUGACGGGAUUUGUAGGUUCGGGAAUUUGGAAAGGGCACUUGAGUUAUUGAGAGAAAUGGAAAAAGAUGGUGGGCAGUGUAAGCCUAACGUCGUUACUUAUACUACUGUGGUUCAAAAUUUUGUUGAGAAAGGCCAGUCAAUAGAUGCAUUAAGUAUUUUGGACCAAAUGAGGGAUUUUGGGUGUAAACCAAAUAGGGUACUUGUCUGUACUUUGAUUCAAGGUCUUUGCAAAGAUGGACAUGUGGAGGAAGCUCAUAAAGUUAUCAACAGAGUAGCUGAAAGUGGUAUUCCACUUGAUUCUUGCUACAGUUUUCUAGUUUUAUCGCUGUUUCGGAUUGGAAAACUCAAGGAGGCAGAAUUGUUUUUUAGGCGAAUGUUGACUGGUGGCCUUAAGCCUGACGGCUUGACCUCAAGCACAAUAAUACGAUGGCUUUGUCAGGAAAGUCGGAUACUUGAUGGAUAUCACUUGAUUGAUGCGGUUGAGCAGUCUGCCAGUGUAUCUUCUAUGGAUUCUGAUAUUUAUUCUAUUCUUAUGGCUGGACUAUGCAAGGCAAAUCAUCUUGUACAAGCUGCUAAGCUUGCUAGUCUGAUGGUAGAGAAAGGAAUUCGGCUUAAAGGUCCUUAUGUUAAGGAUGUAAUCGAAUGUCUUAGACAUUGUGGGAAAGAGGAUUUAGCUUCAAGCAUUGGUAAUAUUAAGAGCUGAUGUACGACCAAGAUUGCAUUACUACAUUGAUCCUACUUGUGCCCUGUGUUGUCAACAAACAGUAAUCUCGCCAUUGAGAUUAACCCUCAGUUGUAUUCUAUAUUCCACCUAAUUGAAUUCUCUCCAGUUUUGUUCAAUAAAUAAAACACAUUUGGACUUCUAGUCAGGUUGGAAUGAUAACUCUUUUCAGAUUUCAAUUUACGUCUCAUUUUGGAUUUUGUA